CUGCUGUGUCCCUGCCGAGAUUGCUAGUGAAACAACCUUCAAUGUUGGGAAUGGUCGUCUCGAUGGCGUUCUUCUAGAGUAUAAAGAGACCAGAGGCGAUCUCGUCCUCUAGUCACAACACCAAACCACCAAGCUCUUUGUCUUCAUCCGUCGUCCACCAAAGCUUUCCGUCUCGCAUAUCAGACAACUCCAAUACCAGCCAUGUCAAAGGUUCUUGCCAUAGGGGCUUCUCGCAACAUCGGAUACUACUCCUCUCUGAGACUUCUUGAUUUGGGGUACACUGUCACCUUUCUUCUCAGGAAGCCAGAAUGCUUCGACCACGACGCGGCCAUCACCCGCUUCGUGAAAGACGGCAAAGCCCGCCUUGUCAAGGGCGACGCCCUGGUCAAAUCAGACGUCGAGCGCGCGUGGGCUGAGGCUGCCAAGGGCGGUGACGAUCUGGCUGUCGACUUCAUGUUAUUCACUGUUGGAGGCACGCCCUCCUUCAAACUGACCAAAGGCUUCAUCAUCGAGCCCCCGAACCUCGUCACCCAAUCCCUGCUCAACGUCCUCGAGACACUCCCCGCCGACAGCCCGGACGUCAGGAUCAUCACCAUCUCCUCGAUAGGCCUCACGCGCGAGUCGCACAACGCGCUACCCCGCGCGCUCAAGCCCGUGUACAGCUACACACUCACGGCGCCGCACAAGGACAAGUGCGGCGCGGAGGAGGUCCUCGCGCACGCCGCUGGGUGGACGUGGGAUGUCCGGGACAGCGCGGGCGAGGAGAUCCUCGGCACGAGCUGGGCGGAUCGCGUGCCAGAGCCUGCGUCGCUGAAGCGUCUGGUGGUGAUCCGGCCGGCGCUGCUCACGGACGGAGAGUGCGCUGCGGAUAAACCGCCGAAGCGGGCAGGGAAGGAGGCGUACCGCGUCAAGGAGGGUGAUGUCAACGGCAGCUGGACGAUCUCGCGUAGGGAUGUUGCCCAUUUUAUAGUGGAGAAAGUCGCGAAGAACUGGGACGAGUGGGAGGGGAAGCGGGUGAGCAUUGCUUAUUGAGCAUAGGUCCUAUGGCUAUCUCUUUUCUGCUUUAUCUCAGCUGUCUCAGCUGUAUUUAUUCGCCUUAAUGUACAAUAUCUUACAAGCUUAGUACGUCUGCACUAUAUUCGAACAUAAGAUGAUAACAUCACUUUCACUACUCACCCCGUAUCGCUUCCUCGGCCGUCUUCCACCUGUGCCCCUCCCAUAGUCCAUUCGAGAGCGCCUCGAGCCCUAGCUCCUUCCCCUGAACGCGAUCCCAAGUUACCCGGCUCCUUCCAGAGUUAAUCUCUUCCAGCAAGUACUUC